AGUUGACACUUUCUUACAAGUUGCAUCUAAAACUAUUAUACACUGUAUUUUAUUCAUUGCAUGUGUGUAGAUUUAUCAGAAGUCAGAAAGCUUCAUUGCCAAGUAUGUCUGCACAUACAAGGAAUCUGUUUUAGUGUCACAAGCUUCCAGUAACGUACACAGAGACGACACAGAUAAUAAAAAUAAGAUGUGAAUAACAUACACAUGCAUAAAUAUAAAUGAACCACAAAAAAAGACAAAACCGAAUAUGAACAGAAUAAAAAAUAAAGCUGUAGGAAUGCAGGGUGACAAGUAUAAGGUCCCUAUUUCAGUCUUAAAACUACAUGGAACUUAUACAUUUUUAAUACUACAAAUCACAAGACCGUUUUUAAUUAAUUAACGAAGGCAAAAAAAAAAAAGUUCUGCACUUCAUCUUAAACGGCCAGAUACACUUUAACUUGUCCGUGUAGCUUUUUAUCAACAAGCACAACACGGCAGGUCACAGACAUCGCUUCUAAUAAGCAGCAGUGAUUAUGGGGAAGGGCUGUAAGGUGGUGGUGUGUGGGAUGGCGUCUGUGGGGAAAACAGCCAUCCUGGAGCAGUUACUGUACGGCUCUCACACUGUAGGUGCAGAGACAAACGACACUCAGGAGGACAUAUACGUGGCGUCUGUGGAGACGGACCGCGGCGUGAGGGAGCAGUUACGCCUGUACGACACUCGAGGUCUGCGAGAGGGGCUGGAUUUACCCAAACACUUCUUCUCAGUGGCUGACGGAUUCGUGCUGGUCUACAGCGUCGACAGCCUGGAGUCCUUCAGAAAAGUCGAGCUCUUGAAGAAGGAGAUAGACAAGUCCAGAGACAAAAAAGAGGUGAUGGUGAUGGUGCUGGGGAAUAAGUGUGACCUGCGCGAGCGGAGGCAGGUGGAUCAGGACGCGGCGCAGCAGUGGGCGCGCGGAGAGAAGCUCAAACUCUGGGAGGUGACGGUCACGGACCGAAGCUCUUUAAUCGAGCCCUUCACCAGCCUCACCAGCCGCCUCACUCAGCCACAGAGCAAGUCUGCCUUCCCUCUGCCCGGCCGCAAGAGCAAGGGCACGCCAUCCAACGACAUCUGAGCGCCGCCGUCUGCACUUCAGAAGAGGUUAGCCAGGACUAGAUCUAUUUACACUCAGAAAUAAAUGCACUAAUCCUUUCUUUAGUUGCAUUUGUGCUCACUGAUGGGAAAACGGUUGAACAUGUGAUGCACAACACUCACGGAGAUCCUGCUGCACAGAGGUCACUGUGCUCGGCUCACUAUAGCCUGUCAAUCACAGAAGCUAAGAAUUACUUUCUUUUUUUGUCAUCAGGCUGCAAUGAAUGACUAGUCAGGCAAAUCACCAAAAUGAAUAAGAAUAAAAAAUUUUGACAUGUUUUUGGACAGGAUUGCAAAAGAUUUCAUUCUCAUUAGCACAGUUCUUCCAGAUUUCUGACACUCAUCAUUACGGUUCUUAUUAAUUCAAUAAAAAUACUGUAUUUUACAAUUGAAAUGUUAUAGAAAUCUGUCUUUUUACAUUAUAGGCUUCAUAAAUAAUUUAUUUUGUGAUUGAAUAUGACCUGGACAUGAGAAUCAAUAGUUGCAUUUAUAUAAAAUGAUCUAAUGGUACAGUAGAGAGAAAAUGGACCAUUUAAGUGCUUCUUGUGUGAACUUCAGUCAAGAACUGGCAUGAAGUGCUUUAAGAUGGCAGUUAAUAAAAAUACAGCAACACUGUUAUGUUGAAGUCAUAUAGUGUGUAUGAUGAUGUCUUCCAGCAUUAUUUCCAAAACUAACUAUAAUCUUAGAUCAGCUGUUCUUUCCAUUUCAUCUCAAAGCAUUAGAAACCCAAAGCUAUAAUGGUGUAGUCAGUGAGAUGAAGCCUGUAGGCGGUUGCUGUAAACGCCUGAACUCUAUAGUGCUCAGGAAAACACGGAUAUUAGUGAAAUCCUUGUCUUAGUAGCGUGUUCGAAUCUAUACGAAAGAUAUUUAAACAAAGACAUACUGUGUUUACUCGCCAUGUAAUGACAGAUUUAACCAAAUAAAUGUUUAUUGACUAGAUGGACUG